AAUCAGAUCAAAGCCCAAACCUUUUCUAGGGUUUACAUUCUCUCUCCUCCUCCUUCUCUCUCCUCUUCCCUCCCUCUCUCUAGAGGCUUCUCGGCUGCGUCUUCUUCACUCAGCAUGUCGAACAACCUGGUAUCACAGCCUCUAUCAAUACCAAGUACACAAAUGGUUCCAUUGGAAGCCAUUCCAAAUAGAGUGGAAUCAUCCAUGCAAGAUGUCCAAAUGGGUUUCCCUGGGAUUGGUCCUGAUGAAUCUGCCUCACAGCCUUCACUGUUAAGACAACAAAGCAGAAACGUUGGCACUAUGUCAAUGUACGAGAAUAAUGCUGGAUAUUUAGAGGGGAGGGAAAAUUUUUUGGUGCCACAAAGAACUUCAAUGCCAAUAGAAGAUAUGGGUAACAUGUUCAAUAAUCAGGCAGUGCAGCAGCUUCCGAUGAUGAACAAGAGGAAGGCUUCGAUGGGUCCCAUGCCCAGCAGCCCUUCGCCUCGAUCAGCUAUGGUGCCUAAUAAGCGAGCAGCCCAAGUGGAGCAUAGGCCGUGGUUGCAACCAUCAGCACCAACUAGAAAAAGUAUGCCUGGCCAGUCCAUAUCGACACCAGGAGUAAAACACUCGCCGGCUCCAAACAGGAAGCUGGGACCAGCGGAAUCCAUUUCCCCAAGAUCGGCGCCACAGCGUCUAUCAGUUCCAAAGAAUCAGAUGUCUAAUGUGCAGCCAUCUCCAAAGGUUCAAUCUGAUUCAUCUGGGUCAGUGAGAUCCAAGAUGAGGGAAUCGCUAGCUGCAGCAUUAGCUUUGGUCAAUUAUGAGGAAGGUAGAUCUCCAAUUGGAAAAGAUUCCAAAAACAGGGAUUUAAGUGCACAAAGUUCGAGAGUGGACGCCCAGCCUGCACCCAAUCCCGGUGAUGCUGUUGAUAAUGUACAUGAAGUUCAGGAGGGGAAAGUCACUUCUUGUGAUGGAUUUGGUAUCCAUCAUGUCCGUAAUAGCUCUAUUGUGUCGCAGGAGGCUUUUGCUACCGAACGCAGCGGUGAUUCCAACACAUCCUCAAUAUCUAAUGUCCAGGACUUGCAACGUGGUAGUGUUCUGGUUCCAGAGGAUCUUCCUUUCAGUGACAACUUCUUUGUGAAAGAUGAGCUUUUGCAAGGGAAUGGACUAUCUUGGGUAAUGGAUUCAGACCAAAAUCCGGCGGAAAGAAGGGGUAAUCAAGACAGUGAAAUGAAAGAGAAAGUGCAUGAUGAAUUGAAUGGACGAAGUGCAAUGGCAUUCCAAUCCCCGGAAGUUUUGGCAUCCAGGAUUGAAGCUGAGCUCUUUAAAUUAUUUGGGGGUGUUAAUAAGAAAUAUAAAGAGAAGGGUAGGUCUUUGUUGUUCAAUUUGAAGGAUCGCAGUAACCCUGAACUGAGAGAAAGAGUUGUUUCUGGAGGAAUUCCUCCAGAAAGACUUUGCUCUAUGACUGCUGAAGAACUUGCUUCAAAGGAGCUUUCCGAGUGGCGAAUGGCAAAGGCUGAAGAAUUUGCUCAAAUGGUAGUUUUACCGGAUGCUGAGGUUGAUAUCAAGCGUCUGGUGAGGAAAACGCAUAAGGGGGAGUUUCAAGUGGAAGUGGAGCAGGAUGAUGUCUCAGCGGAGGUUUCAAGUGCGGUAACUUCUGGUCAUCUUGAUCCGAAAAAAGCUGAUGAUCAGGAAUCCCCUGCGAAUGAACCUGGAGAAAAGGAUGAGAACAUGAAGGCUGGAGGUAGAAAGAGUGAUUUAGCAGUCCAGGGUGCUGCAUACACUCUUACAAUUCCCACUGAAGACCAUGCAUCGGAUGUAGAUAUUAUGGAAGAAAAUGUGACGGAGGAUCUCCCUCCAAUUGUGUCCCUAGAUGAAUUUAUGGAAUGCCUGGAAUCAGAGCCUCCGUUUAAAGAUUUACAGGCAGAUGCUGGAAAGUCUGAGCCUGCUUCUGAAAAGGUUUUGAAGAUUAGAUCCUCUGAGGGAAGUCUGAAUGACUCAGCUGAUAUGACUGAAAAGAAGUCCGUUGAAAUAUCCCAGCCUGCCUCUGAAAAGGAUUUGAAGGCUAAAUCUCCUGAGAGAAGUCCGAAUAACACCACUAAUGUGACUGAAGAGGAGUCUAGCAAAGUUGAUGAAACAUUGUCCCUGGCUAACAUUGACAUUAGAUCUAGUGACCACCAUGGAAAAUAUGAUAGCAAACAUCAUACAGUAGCAUCGAAGGGUGAGCUGAUUUGGGAAGGCUCCCUUCAACUUAUAACGUCCAUUAUCUCAGUAAUUGGCAUUUUUAAGAGCGGUGAGAAGACGCCGUCGAAGGAUUGGAGCAGGUCUCUAGAGAUCAAGGGGAGGGUCAGACUUGAUGCAUUUGAGAAGUUCCUUCAAGAUCUACGCAUGUCCCGUAGUCGUGCAAUCAUGGUGGUGCAUUUUGUUUGUAAGGAGGAAUCAUCUGAGAGUGACCGUGCAAGCCUUGGCGAGGUUGCAGAUUCGUAUGUCUUAGAUGAGAGAGUGGGUUUUGCUGAGCCUUCCCAAGGAGUGGAACUCUACCUUUGUCCACCCCAUGCCAGAAUCCGUGAAAUGCUCAGCAGGAUCCUACCGGAAGACCAGCUUAACGUGCUUAGCGAUGUAGAAAACGGCCUUAUUGGUGUUGUUGUAUGGAGAAGAAGUCAUUUAACUUCCGCAAUACCAUCCCACACCACUAAAUUUACCUCAAAAAAGCAGCAUUUGUCCUCUAGGAGGCAUCAAGAAAAGGAUGUAAACUUUAAUUCGAACUUGCAUCACGGGCUUCUCGCCCAUCCUAGUAGCAUUCAACAACAACCUAUUGUUGAUGGGGAUGACGAUGACGAUGUUCCCCCUGGGUUCGGCCCCGGUGCAGCGAGAGCUGCCCGGGACGAAGAUGACCUGCCGGAGUUUAAUUUUUCUGGUGGGUCGAGGUCGGUGGGAUUGAACCCGACCCAGAACAUGUCUGCUGGUUCGGGACUGGCUCCCUCUUAUGGGCAUACCCGAGCAGCACCUGUAUCGCACAUAAGGGAACUCAUACAUAAGUAUGGACAAACAGGAGUGGGUGCUCCUUCAGAAAACUAUGGUGUUCCGGUUCAGCCGUGGAAUGAUGACGAGGACGACAUUCCAGAGUGGAAUCCACAGGGCUUAUAUAACAUACAACAGCCAUCGCGGGGUAGGGCGGAAGUGCGUGUUGCAUCUGCCCAGCAAUCACAAAACUCCAGCCCCUAUUUAUCGCGAGAACCAUUAGUUAGGAACGCGCAACAGCGGUCAGCAUCGGGCGUACAUGGGGGCCAAGUCUACGUUGCGCCCCAAGCUAGGCCACCUGGGUGGCGGCAAGACACUCGUAGGGAUAGAGGGUUUGAUCUUUCUUUUGGUUGGAUGUAAAUUUCGAUGUAAUUACUCUUUUGGAUUUCUUUUUAGAGAUUUGGGCAGUACUGUAAGAUCGGUAUUAUUAGAUUAUUGUCACCUUUUGGAGCUUGGCUUUAUUCUUUGGGUUGGAAGCUUCGCUUUUUGGAUUAA